AUGGAUCGUCGUGCAUUGAAGUUUAUGCAAAAAAGAGCGGACACUGAAAGCGAUACAACAACAACAACUACAACAACAACAGCAAACACAUUAACAGCACAACAGCAGCAGCAACAACAUAUUGUCAGCGUUGAGCGGCCCUUGAAGUGCCUGGAGACGUUGGCCCAAAAGGCGGGCAUUACCUUUGACGAGAAAUACGAUUUUGCUAGUCCGCCGCAUCCGGGCAUAGGCGCCCAUACGCCCACGCACAACAACAACAAUACAGCAGCAGCAGCAGCAGUUGUUGGCGGCACGCUGGAGAAAUCACAGAGCCCCGCCCAACAGGUGGCAUCCGCUGCGGCGGUGCCACUGCAAAUCUCGCCGGAGCAACUGCAGCAAUUCUAUGCGAGCAAUCCGUAUGCGGCAAUCCAGGUCAAGCAGGAGUUUCCCACACAUAAUGCUAGCAGCGGCGGCGCCGGCGCCGGCGGCAACAACAGCAACACCAACGAGCUGAAGCAUGCCACCGGCCUGCUGGAUGCCAGCCAAACGACACAGCUGCAACAGUUGCAGCUGCAACAGCUGACCGCUGGCGAUGGCAGCGCUGCGGCUGCUGCUGCCGCUGUUGCGGCCGCCGCCGCUGCACAACAACAGCAGGCCGCACAGCAGCAACACUCGACAGCAAUUAGCACCAUGUCGCCGAUGCAACUGGCCGCUGCCACCGGCAGUGUGCCCGGUGACUGGGCCAAUGGACGGACCGUGCAGCUGAUGCAGCCAUCGACCGGCUUCAUAUAUCCACAUCUAUCCAUUGUCUCCGGGAAUCUGUUGCCCGCCGCUCUGGGCCAGCAGCCCAUACAGGUGAUUGCCGCCGGCAAGCACUUCCAGGGCAGCGCGCCGCAAAUGAUAACGACGACCACGCAGAAUGCCAAGCAAAUGAUUGGCGGGCAGGCGGGCUUCGCCAGCGGCACCUAUACGAUACCCUCGAGCCAGUCGCCGCAGACGCUGCUCAUAUCGCCGGUGAACGUGAUAUCGCAUUCGCCGCAGCAGCAGAGUCUGCUGCAGUCGAUGGCGGCGGCGGCGGCGCAGCAGCAACAGCAGCAGCAACAACAACAGCAACAGCAGCAGCAGCAACAGCAGCAACAACAGCAGCAGCAGCAGCAAUUGACACAGCAGCAACAGCAACUGACGGCUGCAGCUGCAGCCCAACAGGCGCUGGCUGUCAGCGCUGCCAAGGUGGGCGUCGGCGUCGGCGUCAGCGAUGGGCAGGCCAAGCUGCAGCAGAAGGUCGUCCAGAAGGUGACAACCACAACGAACACGGUGCAGGCGGCGAGCGGGCCAGCUGCUGGCGGCGGCGUUGUCGCCCAGGCCCAACAGCAGCAACAACAGCAGACGACCACGCAGCAGUGCGUCCAGGUGUCGCAGUCAACGUUGCCGGGCGUGACGGCCGCCCAGGCCCAGUUGAUUAGCCCGCUGCAGGGCACCGCCACCGGGCAGCCGCAGCAGAUGCAGCUUGCUCCGUGGUUCUGGCAAAAUUUCGGAGGUAGCCCGAUCAUCUUGCGCGGCCAGCCGGAUCACACGUCCGGCAUGUUCAUCCAGCAGCCGACCCAUCAGGCCCUGCAAACCCAACAGAAUCAAAUCAUUCAGUGCAAUGUGACGCAGACGCCGACCAAGGCGCGCGCCCAGCUGGACGCGCUGGCGCCGAAGCAACAGACGCAGCAACAGGCGAAUGCACAGCAGCAACAGCAGCAGCAGCAGCAACAGCAGCAGCAACAACAGGCGCAGCAGCAGCAGGCGGUGGCAGUGGCAACCGCGCAGCUGCAGCAGCAGCAACAACAGUUGACGGCACAGCUGCAGCGCACGGGUGCGCCCAUCUUGCCGCACAAUGGUGCCCAGGUGCGGCCGGCUAGCUCCGUGUCCACACAGACGGCGCAGAACCAGAGCCUGCUCAAGGCGAAGAUGCGCAACAAACAGCAGCCGGUGCGACCGGCGCUGCCAACGCUCAAGAUGGAGAACGGACAGGCGGGCGGUGGCAAGGCCACUGGCAAUGCGGCAACGACGCUCAGUCAACAUAUCGCCGUGCAGCAGCAGCAACAACAGCAGCAGCAACAGCAGCAACAGCAGGCGGCGGCAGCAGCAGCGGCUGCGGCCAAUCUGCAUCAGGUGGUCACCACGGCGGGCAACAAAAUGGUGGUCAUGAGCACCUCGGGCACGCCCAUAACGCUGCAGAACGGGCAAACGUUGCAAACGGGCGGCGUGGAUAAGCAGCAGCAGCAGCAGCAACAGCAGCAACAGUUGCAGCUAAUGAAGAGCCAACAAUUGCUGCAACAGCAAAUGCUGCAGCAUCAUUUACUACAAUUGCAGCAGCAGCAGCAACAGCAGCAGCAGCAGCAGCAACAACAACAGCCGCAGCAGGCGCAGCAGCAACAGACGCUGACAAAUGCGACCGCUCAGCAAAUAUUGCAGGUGGCGCCGAAUACGUUUAUAGCCUCGCAGCAGCAGCAACAAGUGCAGCAGCAACAGAUGCACAAUCAAUUGCUGCAGCAUCAGUUGCAGCAACAGCAACAACAGGCACAGCAGCAACAGCAGCGCGAACAACAAAAUAUUAUACAGCAAAUUGUGGUGCAACAAACACAACAACAACAACAACAACAGGCACAGCAGCAGCAGCAGGCGCAACAGCAACAGUUGCAGCUAAGCAGCGUGCCCUUCUCUGUUAGCUCGACAACAACACCCGCUGGCAUUGCCACCUCGAGCGCAUUGCAGGCCGCAUUGUCCGCCUCUGGUGCUGUCUUCCAGACAACUACUAAGACGAGCACCUCGCUGCCUAGCAGCAGCGUGGUCACCAUCAGCAAUCAAAGCGCCGGGCCGCUGGUCACGAGCAGCACUGUAGCCAGUCUGCAGCAGCAGCAACAGCAGCAGCAACAGCAGCAGCAGCAGCAGCAGCUUAUAACGGCCAGCAUAGCGGCUGCCACACAGCAGCACCAGCAACCACAGCAGCAACACACGUUAACUGCUGCGUCGCCCACACAGAAUCCCAUAUUGGCCAUGACGUCCAUGAUGAAUGCGACGGUGGGCUUGCCGGCAACAACGCCGCCCGUGAGCAGCGCUGUGGUUAGCACGGCGCUUGUGACGCUCAGCAAUAGUAUAAGCUCGCUGCCAGCCACGCCUACCAAGGCAAUUACCAUGAGCACGGCCAGCAGCCAGGAGACGCCCAAACAACAGCAGCAGCAGCAGCAGCAGACGGCGGCGACGACGACGACGACGACGGCGGCGACGACGACAGCUAAUUUAGUGACGAUUGAGUCGCCCGCUUUACAGGAUGCCAGCAAGGCUAACGCGGAGGCAAGCAGCUCCACGGCAGGCGCAGCAGAGGCGCUGCACAAUGGCGAUGUGGGCGAGGCAACGCCAACAAAGCUGACAGCAACGGCAACACCAACAGUCGCAGCUGCUGCUGUCAAGCAAAGCAAUGCCGUGUUGCCCAGCAGCAGCAGCAGCAGUAACAAAGAGGACAACAGCAAUGUGAAGAACAGCAGCAACAACGCCAACGUUAGCAGCACAGCGUCCACCAAUGGCAUUGCCAGCAGCGCGUUGCGUAACAUCAGCAGCAGUGCAACAACGACAACAACAACAACAACCACCAGCAGCAGCAGCAACAAUAAUAACAACAGCAGCAGCAACAGCAAUGGCAAGGAUCUGCCCAAGGCCAUGAUCAAGCCAAACGUGCUGACCCAUGUCAUCGAUGGCUUCAUUAUACAGGAGGCCAACGAACCAUUCCCGGUGACACGGCAACGCUAUGCGGACAAGGAUGCCAACGAUGAGCCGCCCAAGAAAAAAGCAGCCAUGCAGGAGUCGGAUCUCAAGGCGGGCGCAACAGCAGCCAGCACAACGGAUAUGGUUGCCUGCGAGCAGUGCGGAAAGCCGGAGCAUCGCAACAAACUGAAGCGCAAGCGUUAUUGCUCGCCGGGCUGUGCGCGUCUGGCCAAGAUGGGCGGCAGCAAUAGCAGCAACGGCAGCGCCGUGGGCAUGGUCGCACCUGAUGCAUUGGCACUGGCCGACAAGCUGGAUGAAUCGCUGGCCGAGGAGAAAAUGCAAACGGACGCGCUCAUCCCCGAGCCGGCCAUGAUUAUAGCUGAGCUGCCGUCGGCCGUGCUGGCAGCGGCAACAGCCACGGCAACAGUUGCAGCUACAGUGACAGCAUUGCCAGCAGCCAUGCCCAGCAGUAGCAGCAAUAACAACAACAGCAGCAAUAGCAGCAAUGUCAGCGCCGCUGUCGUCGCUGUGGAGCGUCCCUCGAUCUGCAGCUGGAGCGUGGAUGAGGUCAGCGAGUUUAUACGCAAGCUGCCCGGCUGUCAGGAUUAUGUGGAUGAUUUUGUGCAGCAGGAGAUCGAUGGACAGGCGCUGCUGCUGCUCAAGGAGAAUCAUUUGGUGAACGCGAUGGGCAUGAAGCUGGGACCGGCGCUCAAAAUUGUCGCCAAAGUCGAGUCCAUGAAGGAGGUGAAUGUGGCGCCGGCGGCUGUUAACGAUGGCGCCAAGGAAACGGCCAAUGCCGCGCAAUAGUGCAUAACCAGAACCAGGAAUAGUUGCAGUAGUCGACGCCGCAGCAGCAGCAGCAGCAGCAGCAGCUCCUCCUCCUCUGGCAGCCCUAGCGCGCCUCUGUCGCCCGCCUACUCCAUAACCCCGCCGCUGUACUCGCCCGUGCUGCGCAGCAAAUAGGCGCCACAAAAUGCUGGUCUAACCAGCUUCGAGUCGAGUGGCGUUCAUUGUGAAUGUGAUUCACAGCAGCUAAUGUUAGGAGCACCGCCGCCUCCUGCCCCAACACACACACACACACACACACGCACAGCAUCCAACCCCUUGAUAGCCAUUCCCUAUACCCAAACCCAAGCUCGCAGCUGUAGUUGUAGUCUGUACGUAAUUUUAAUGUAGCUUAAAAUUUGUAAGGCCAAUUGUAUGAUAAUGAUUGAAAACUCCCAACUAAUAAUAGCAACCCCUAAGCACCCGCUUAACUCUCGAAACCCCUGCCCCCGCCCGGCCCUGCGCCCUCGCCCAUUUAGUGUUAGAUCUAUAUAUAUACCUUAUAUAGAAUAUUUGUAAGGCCUCUCCCAACAAUUGUACAAUCUGCAGCAUAAACUUUCUAAACGUUUACAGUGCUCGGCAUAUACAUAUUUAAAUUCACUCAUAUUUAAAUAAUAAUAUUUACGGCCCUUCCCCGCCCCCUUCCAAGGAAAAAGGACAGUUAAAUACUAAAUCAAUAAUAAUAAUAAUGCUACUAUUAAAUACUACGGCAAAUUUUAGCGUCUAAGUCUUAACUGAAUUGAACAUAACGAAAUACAAUUAAUUUUUGCAUAUAGUAUUUUUUUUUUUUUUUAUCAACCAUCAACAGCAAUAUGCGAAUGCACUAUGCAAUUUUUAAAGAAGAAGAGAAAUGAAAGAACUAGUUAAUAUCUAAAUAUAACUAUAAUAUACAUGCAUAUACAUUAAUAGAUAUACAUUAACUAUGAUUAUAUCCACUUUUUUUUCCCCUAUGCGUAAUUUUUACAAAAUGCGAAUUGGUUCUUGAGCCAUGCUACUUUCCAUCAUGCUAGAGAGAGUUAAACCGGUUGAAAUCUGUCGAACCAACUACUGAAACUAUUUAUAUAUAUAUAGAUAUAUGCUAUAUAUAACUGAUAUAUGUAGCUGAUUGCAACAACUACGACACACACACACACACACACACACACACACACA